AUGACAGAGGAGAAGAAGGAACAGAGUCAGGAGAUGUCAGAGCAAUAUGCCUCGUCCACACCCAGAGCCGAAUCCGGAGUGGAUCAAGCAGUGAUAGGUCCAGCAUGGAUGUACAAACCAUUGUUCAAAGUUGGCAAAUGGGAAGCACCUUAUUUCGCUUCCCCGGAGAUGCAAUUAUACCUGGUGUCCUUGGUCUGUUUCUUGUGUCCCGGCAUGUUCAACGCCGUUAGUGGACUCGGGGGCGGUGGCCAGGUGAACGCUCACGACGUGAACAACGCAAAUACAGCCCUAUACAGUACCUUUGCAGUAGUGGGUUUCUUCGCCGGCUCCAUCGCCAAUCGGAUUGGUCUGCGAUUGACCCUGUCCUUGGGUGGAUUGGGUUACUUCCUCUACGUGGCGUCUCUGCUUUCAUACAAUAUCAACCAGAAUGCAGGCUUCCUCAUCUUUGCCGGUGCCUUCCUCGGUGUUUGUGCGGGUCUGCUGUGGUGUGCCCAGGGUGCGGUGAUGUUGAGUUAUCCCCUUGAACACGAGAAGGGAAAGUACAUUGCUAUUUUCUGGGUGAUUUUCAACCUGGGUGGUGUGAUUGGUAGCUUGGUCCCCCUCGGCCAAAACAUGCACUCCACCGCCGGUAACGUCAACAAUGGAACCUACAUCGCCUUCCUAGUCAUGAUGGCCAUUGGCUUUGUGCUCUGCUGGUGCCUCGUCGACUGCAAGCAUGUCAAGCGCAGAGACGGCUCCCGUGUCAUCGUGAUCAAGAACCCCACUUGGAAAUCCGAGUUCCUGGGUCUGUGGGAGACUCUCAUCAACGACUCAUACAUUAUCUUGAUGUUCCCCAUGUUCUUGGCCAGCAAUUGGUUCUACGGAUACCACUUUAACGCCGUCAACCUUGCCUACUUCAACGUACGCACUCGAGCCCUCAACAGUCUCCUAUAUUGGUUGAUGCAGAUGGUUGGAGCUUUCAUCUUUGGUCAACUGCUGGAUUUGAAGGGUCUGUCGCGCCAAUGGCGCGCCAAGCUGAACUUUGGGAUUCUGCUCGCUGUGACCAUGGGCGUUUGGGGCGGUGGAUAUGCCUUCCAGAAAACCUACACCCGAGAGAGUGGUGAUAUCGGCAAAGACUUCACUGACAGUGGCUACAUCGGCCCUAUGUUUUUGUACAUGUUCUACGGAUUCUACGAUGCCGCGUUCCAAACCUGCACCUACUGGUACAUGGGAUCUCUCUCCAACAACAGUCGCAAGCUGGCCAACUUUGCCGGUUUCUACAAGGGUAUCCAGUCUGCCGGUGCUGCCGGCAUGUGGAGCCUGGAUGCCAAGGAAACACCCUACAUGACCGAAUUCGCCUCGUGCUGGGGUAUCCUGGUGGGUAGCAUGGUGGUCGCCUCUCCGGUGAUCUUCUUCAAGAUCAAGAACAGCACCGCAGUCGAAGACGACCUCCGCUUCUCAGAUAACACCGCGGCCGAUGUCAUGGGUGAUACCACUGAGCUUUCUGAAAUCGAGAAACCCCAGACAGAGAACCACACUCCGACUGAGACACUCCGCGAGUCCACCGAUGAGCCUACACCCAAGGCUUGA